UUCGGAUCUUUUCUAUAUUUUAGUCGGGCCUCCGUAUCCAUACAAACAAAAAAGAGAAAUGACUUCUCCCACUUCAAAAUCCCAAGAUUCAUCACCUUCCGCACCAAAACCGUCAAUCCCAUGGAAGAUCAGGCUGGCCAUCUCAUUCCUCUCCACCCUCACGGACCUCUCUUGCCGCUCCGAUGGCACCUUAAACCGCCGCCUCCUUCGCUUCCUCGACAUCCAAGCUCCUCCCAACCCCAACCCUAUUAAUUCCGUCUCAUCCUCCGACAUAAAAGUGGAUCCCUCCCGCGAUCUAUGGUUCCGUCUCUUUUCCCCCUCCGGCUCCCUUGUCUCGGAUUAUACCAACCUUCCGGUUCUCGUUUUCUUCCACGGAGGCGGCUUCACCUUCCUUACCCCUUCAUCUAAAGACUACGAUGCUGUUUGCCGGAGAUUUGCUCGUAAACUCCCUGCCUUCAUCAUUUCGGUUAACUACCGUCGCACUCCCGAGCACCGCUAUCCCGCUCAAUAUGACGAUGGAUUUGACGUUCUCAAGUUCCUUGACGAAAACCGCGAAACUGUACUCCCAAAAAAUGCUGAUCUGUCACGUUGCUGCUUAGCCGGGGAUAGCGCCGGUGCCAACCUGGCACACCACGUGGCAGUCCGAGCAUGCCAGACAGGAUUCCGAACGGUGAAAAUAAUCGGGUUAGUUUCGAUACAGCCAUUUUUCGGAGGCGAGGAGAGGACCGACUCGGAGAACCGGCUGGUCGGUUCUGGGUUGUUGGUAUCGGUUUCCAGAACCGACUGGUGCUGGAAAGUCUUCCUACCAAGCGGUUCGAACCGGGAUCACCCAGCAGCAAACGUGAGCGGGCCGAAUGCGGUCGAUAUUUCGGGUCUGGAGUUUCCGAAGACGGUGGUGUUUGUGAGCGGGUUUGACCCGUUACAGGAUUGGCAAAGGAGGUACUAUGCGUGGUUAAAGAAAUCCGGAAAAGAAGCAACUUUAAUCGAAUAUCCAAACAUGAUUCAUGCUUUCUAUGUUUUCCCAGAAUUGCCCGAGGCUACCAAAUUAAUCAUGCAGGUGAAGGAAUUCGUUGGUAACUGCAUUACGGAUGCUGCAUGAAAUGAAAUGUAAAACGAAAUAGAUCCCAAGGCUCAGACUUAGUGGUUAAGGUUAUUAAUUAGUGGGAAAAAUACCUCAUGAGUUAUGUGCUCAAACCUCUUGAAAUUUUCUUCCCCAUUCUCUCGUAGCACUAAAAUAUGUACUAAUUACUUUAUAUUAAGAGAAAUAAGAGGAUUCGUGUUGA